GAGAGCACCCGUUGUUACUUAUACUUUCCCAUCACCCUCUUUUUCUUUCGUUCCAUCCUGGCUUUGGCUUUUUGGCCGUAGCGUGCACGGACCUCACGCAAUCUCCCUCAACUCCUUCCCUGUUGUCUCGACUUACACGCUCUUUCUCCAGGCAGUGCUUUAGCACCGCGUCCUGCUAUCCAGCAAUCAUUCUGCUCUCUUGUUCUCUCUACUUGUUUCCCCUGUCGAUGCUGUACAUUCGUCCACUGAACAUUCUUUUGCUCGUCGUUCUAUGAGCCAUGCUAAAAGACGUACUGUCCUAGAUAUAGGUGAUACCGUGUCCGACGUGGGUAACGAUCUUGGUGAUACCGUGUCCGACGUUGGCAGUGGUGUGGGCGACUUACUGGGUGCGACUUCCACCACGACAUCGUCCUCUCCCACAUCUGCAUCAUCUGCGCCUACGGCCUCUACGUCAACCGCUGGUAGCAGUCCUGCUCCUGUUGCCUCUUCCAGCUCCAGUAGUGACAGUAGCAGUAGUAGCAGCAGCAGCAGUAGUACCAACGUAAACAGUGUGAGCCCUAGUUCUUCUAGCAGCAGCACUUCAUCCAGCGCAAGCAGCAGUGCUAGUCCCACCAGCAGCUCUUCCAGUUCAACUUCCAGCUCGACCUCGAGUACCGUUUCUUCGAAUAGCCUGCCAACUACCUCUGUCUUGGAUGCCACGUCUACAACUGCUGUCCCUAGCACGUCUGUCGUGUCGGCUACUUCGAGUGACUCCGGUCUAUUGCCAUCCAUUUUAUCGUCUUUACUGCCUUCAGUGACGUUACCUUCGACAACUACCAGUGCCGCUGAAUCAGAUUCUACCACAGCUGCUAGCACAAGUCCUGUCGAUUCAGAUCCCACAAUAGCUGCUUCUACCACGAGUGCUGCUGAUUCGGAUACCGCAACAUCCACUGCUAGCACCACUGAUCCUGGUUUAUUGUCUUCAAUAUUAUCGUCCCUAUUACCUUCAGUGACGUUGUCGCCUUCGAUUACUACGAGUGCCUCUGACUCGGAUUCUUCAACAGCUUCCACCACGGGUGCCACUGACACUGAUUCGGUUGUCACGUCUCCUACGGCUUCUAGUACGACGGUCUUGUCAGCUACUUCGACAACUGACCCUGGUCUACUGUCAUCAGUUCUAUCCUCUUUACUGCCUUCCGUGACGUUAUUUCCUUCAACUGUCAGCAGUGUGGCCGAUACGUCCAGCAGUUCCGUAGCAUUGACGUCAACUUCGACUACGUCCGAAGGGCUAAUACCAACGCUGUUUCCGACUACAGACUCCGGCACUUCUUCAUCGACGGACUCGAACGGGAUAACACUUACUACUGCUUCUUCCAGUAGUACCUCAACUUCGACCUCUGACUCAGAUGGACUUACUCCGACAACGACAUCUGAUUUUUCUAGCAGCCCAGUAACCACGUCCGCCGAUUCCACCUCAGCCGUGCUCUCCAUUUCCAUCUCGUUGUUCCCGACUACCACUGAUUCUUCUGUGUCAAGCUCCACCGAUUUAUUCAGUAGCUCUGCCGCAACUUCUACAAGCGACGAUACCACCACCGCUACAAGUAGUUCGCUUUCGUUGUCGCUACCGGUGUCCAUUCCGACAAUAUCAGCCACUACCAGUGACUCUGCCUUGCCCAGUUCCAUCAUAUCAUCGCUCUCGUCUGUCUCUACCAGUACAACUGAUACCUCACCAAACAGUCUCUCGACUACUGUAUCUGGCUCGCAAUCGAGCUUUUCUGCUUCUACCAUUGAUUCGGCUUCCAUCACCAGUAGUACAGAUUCAGCUUCUGACACCACUACAACAGGUUCGGCUUCUAUCUUUAGUACUACCGGUUCAGCCUCUGUCACUAGUACUACAGGCUCAGCUUCCAUUUCGAGCACUACUGGUUCAGUCUCCGUCUCUAGUACCACAGGCUCGGCUUCCGAUUCAGCCUCCGUCACUAGUUCUACAGGCUCGGCCUCCAUUCUGAGCUCCACCGGUUCAGCCUCCGUCACCGUGAAUUCCACCUCUAUUCCGGCGUCGGUUUCGCAGUCCUCGUUCAGCGUGUCAGGAAGCACCACAGUGUCUUCGUCUGCAAGCAGCACUGUCACUAUCUCGUUUCCUUCGGGGUCCGUCUCUUCUACUGCUACUGUCAAUGGAACGACGACUGUGGUCAGCACGAGUGUCACGACGGCUCUGACAGUUGUCUCUGUCCCGUCUGACUUGUCGUUCGUGCUCACCCAGACAACCCUUGAAGUUGCGAGUGUAUCGUCGUCCGCCACGUCUCAAACACUCAGUAAUCCUGACCAGGCUACAACAACGUUCUCUCAGACUACAUUAUCUGCUUCAGCGCCUUUAGCUACUGCGGCUCUGCCCUCGAGUCUUCCUUAUAGAAUUUUGCCCCAGGACCAGCUGGCAUCUAAUGAAGAUUUAUCUGGAUACACGCUGGUCAGCCUGUUAUUUGAUCUUCAACUCAACUGGCCAUUUGUUGUCAGCAGUCCGGACUCAAGUAGUCAGCUAUUUGCAUAUAUGCCUGUCAUCUUGCAAAACUCGCUGGGUCUCACUGCUGACCAGGUGAAAACAUGGACCCUCCAAGUCAAUAUACCCUCAGACUACACUGGUCCUUCAGAUGCUGACUUACUUGAGACUAUGUAUCUAGUCUAUAUUCCCUCAAGUUCGGUGUCCAGUCUGCAAGACCAGAUUAAGGCUCAGCAGUCGGCCUUCUACACUGGAGUUGAUAAUUCCGUGGCUCAGCAACUUGCUUCGCUGGUGAACAGUGGAUGGAAUCUCCUUUCUAUUGCAGCUCCUGAUGAUUCCGGCUCAACUGGCUCGUCGUCCAGUGAUAGUGACACCGGUGCUUCCUCCUCCGACAACAAGAGCAAGGAAGAUGCCAUCAUUGGUGUCACUGCUUCCCUCGGAGGAAUUGCCAUCUGUGUACUUGGGUUCUUGAUCUACCGUUCUUAUAAACGUCGCAAAGAGCUCGCUCAUAGACGUCUUUCGGAACCCACUGGCACAGCUGGUUACAGACCUGAAGGACGCGAGUUUGAUCAAGACAGUGUUGGUGGUCAGCGCAGACGUAGCUUCUAUUUCGCCGAGGACUCGUUACGGGGAUAUCAAGGUGACCGAGUAGACGAUUCACACUUCGAUGCUAGGACUGGUCAAAUGUCGCAGCGGAGGAAUGUAAUGCCAGCUGCUAUCUCGGCCCCCAUCCUUCGGGAGAGUAGUAUGAACUGGUAAAGGGCAGAUGUGUUCAGUUUCAACUUCAGCCCUCAUAAUGAAUGAUACGUGAAUAACUAGCCAUCACUUGGUCAUAGCUUACACUCCUACUCCUACUGUCCUUCUGCGGCACUCUCAAACCCUCCCUUCCCUGCCCCCUGGAGUCAACUGGAACAUUGUAACGCAGAAUUGGCUCCUGGAUCGUUGGACCAUAAAACCCUUCUCUUUUUUGUUACCGUUUCAUUUAAUCUUGCGCUUCUAGUUUAUUAUUAUUCAAGUUACAUUGUUGCUUCUUUUUGUUU